CCCCCACCCUGCCUUCUUCUUCUGUUCUUCCUUGUUGAUUUCAAUUUCUUUAAAUCCUUUGAUUCUGUUUUCCUUCUUUGUUUUUUUAACUUUAUUCAGUACUAUAUUAUUAUAAAAAAGAAAAAAAGACAGUAGCAUUUUUAGUAUUUUUUUUCCAACAUUUUUUUGUCUUGGUCUUGUUGAUGAGUGCAUGCAAGUUGGGUUUUAAUUAAUGGCAACGCAUUUGUUAGAAAACUCUGAGACUGGGAGAGAAUUCUUUAAGAAAUCAAACAAAAAAAAUUAAAAUUAAGCCUUCCUGACAAAUGGGUGCAUCUAAAUCAGAUCAAAAAACACUUCAACUUCUUCUCCUUCUUCACGUUCCGUUUCAGAGAACCCAAAAAUACUUUCCAAUCCACUAAAAAACUUAUAUUAAAGAAGAGGAAAAAAAAACACUUGUUUUUUACCCCUCUUGUUUUAUAGAGCAGCAUCAUGCGAGAAGCAAACGCGAAUAAAAAUAGAAGCAGCAGUAGUGGAAGUAGCAGAGCAAUGGAGAGUCUUUCUUUGGAAAUAAACAGGUAUCCAAGAGAUCUGGUACAAAGACUCAUUUCAAGUGAUGCACAGCAAUAUAAAACAGCAACAAGUGAAGGAGAAGAAGCAGAGGAGAUUGAGUUAAAUCUUGGGUUAUCACUUGGUGGAAGAUUUGGGGUUGAUAAGACUUCAGAGAAACUAACGAGAUCAUCGUCUAUAGCUGGUUCAAUACCAUUGUUGAGAGACCAUGAUGCUUUAAGUACACCACCUGUAUCUUAUCCUCUUCUCAUAAGGACUUCUUCUUUGCCUACUGAAACGGAGGAAGAGUGGAGGAAGAGGAAGGAAAAUCAAAGUUUAAGGAGAAUGGAAGCCAAGAGAAGGCGAAGUGAAAAGCAAAAGAAUUUGAGAGGAGAGUUGAAUUUGGAGGAAGUUAAAUUGAAUAAAGGGAACUGGGUGCCAACGUGGGCUAAUAAGCAGAGUGGUGUUGUGAAUAGGAGUAGUAAUUUGGAAGGUCAACAGCAGCAACAAGGGUCACGAGGAUCUGUGGAGUCUCUAGGAGGGAGCUCUUCUGGGUUGUCAGAAAUGGAGAGCAAGCCUGUUCAAGGAUCAAGCAGUGGUGGAGAAGCACGAAGUCCUGCGAGUAAUCAAUCCUUGCAGGAACGAAGCAGUCAAGAAGCUGUGGGUUCUUCUGGGACAAAGAAAAUUGAAAAUGCGUGCAGAGCCCCCAGAACAGAAACGGAGAAUCUAUCCAAGAAGCUUGAUUCUGCAGAAAAUAGAGGGAGGGAAAUUGGGACCAAUGCAAUGGAAGAUAUGCCUUGUGUGUUUACUAAAGGAGAUGGUCCUAAUGGGAGAAGAGUGGAUGGCAUUCUGUACAAGUAUGGUAAGGGAGAGGAAGUAAGGAUAAUGUGCGUAUGCCACGGCAGCUUUCACUCCCCCGCAGAGUUCGUGAAGCAUGCAGGUGGCAGUGAUGUUGAUCACCCUCUUAGGCAUAUAGUGGUAAACCCUUCCGGCCCGUCCUUCGAAUAAUGUAAUGCGGUGUUCAUUUCAUCCCUUAAAGAGAAGUAGGGAUGUGAAAUGGGGGGAAAAGAUGAGAGAAUUUUAGAAAAUAGCUAUAUAUUUUUAGGGUCCUUGAAACGGAAACCUAAUAUGACCAACUAUUUUUCAUCUUCUAGAAUGUUUCAAAUGGUUUUUUGAGGUUGUAAUCUGUAUGUGAUAUUUAUUUCCUUA